AUGGAAAAGGACAGUAAAGACGUGAAAGCCGGUGAUAAAAGAACCAGAGACAAUGUGAGCAGCGUGAGUGACAAUAGCAUGUGUGAGCAAGUAAGUGUAAGGCAAAAGAAAAAGAAACAGAAGAACGUUAAUAAAGUUAAAAGCGAUGACGACGAUACAGACAUAGAAAUUGCUACAGAACUAAAAAGCAUUAAUGAAAAACUGAAAAACGUCAUUACCAAGGACAGCAAAGAACUUAAGGAUCUAGUUAAAGAGAUAGUCAUUCAGCUGAAGGAAGAACUGUUUAGUACAUUUAUACAAAGAUUAGAUAAAAUGGAGGGAGAACUGUUUGAUAAUGACAUUGAAAACAACAAGAAGACCAAACAAAUAGACGACUUACGUGGGGAGCUACAAGAACAAAAAGAAGAAAAUGAACGCCUAAAAAAAGCCUUGAAAAACAACGAGUAUGCAAACCAACUCCACAUAAAUGAACUUGAGCAAUAUAGCAGAAGGAACAACAUACGGAUAGAGGGGAUAGAAGACAGCGAAAGAGAGAAUUAUAUAGAAACGACAGAAAAGGUGAUAAACACUCUGAACGCCCACAUUCCAGAUUUGAAUUUAUCAAAGAUUGACAUCGACAUAAGUCAUCGGAUUGGUCCUUUUCAGCGACAGAAAAAAGGCCUAUAA